AAAGCCGACAUUGGAGCAAAUGAAAGUGAGUGUCAACAAACAAGAACAUUCAACGCGAAAAACAUUCAACUAUGACAGUACAAACAACACGCCCACACACACACACGCAUAUACAAGCGCAUGCAGACGCAAAACCACUCUCGCUGAACCUUAAUCCACUAGCUGGCGCAUCCUGCCCACUGGGUGUGAUUGCUGAAAUGGAUUUAAACUUUCGACACUCGACACCAGUUCUUAGGGGCGAUUGGGGUGUGGAGCUACGUAUUUACAACUGGAAAUUGCUUCUGGCAUUAAUUUUCUGGCAGGAGUCACAAAUUUCGUACCUUGUGAUAAAAGAUGGAAAAGGUUAUGAAGAAGGCCGAAACACGAUUACGUUAACUGCUUCAUACUACUGCUGGAAUUCGGUUUGGUUUGCCAUUGCAUGCCGCGGGGCGAUUGCUAUUACAAAGGGUUUUCCUGACGUUUAAUGUUUCAUGUCUACUGUAGGUGUUGAA